GCGUUUGCCUUUCGAGUUUCGACACAUUGUAAAUCUUUCAAAGUGGAGCACUGGGAGACAAUGGUAUCGAGCUCUGAGCACGGUUCGUCACCGACUAAUCGUUCGCAAAUCCCAGAUGACGAAAGAUGGACAUUCGUUGACGAAACAAAUUCUUCUCCCAAUGUUGAAAGGCCUUCGCCUUCUCUUCCUACAGCGGUCAACCAAGUGCCCGUCGAUGCCGAAGUUAGUUAUCCCGAGGGGGGUCGUGAUGCCUGGUUGGUGGUGCUAGGUGCUUGGUGUGGCUUGACCGCAUCAUUAGGUAUUUACAAUACAGCCGGAGUGUUCGAGGUCGUCAUCUCGGAAUCUAUAUUGCCAGAAGAAUCUUCGUCUACUCUUGGCUGGAUAUUCUCAAUCUAUGCCUUCGUGAACUGGAUCUGUGGGGUGCAAAUUGGACCAACCUUCGAUGCGAUGGGUCCUCGUGGACUGCUCAUUGCAGGAACUAUUUGCACGCUCAUUGGCAUUUUGGCGUUUAGUGUCUGUACGGGUAAGAUCAGUCUUCCUAGAUCAAUCCACGCAUAACAAAUUUUAGUACAGUGGCUGCUCCCAAGGUCGCUCACUCGCUUGCUGCUAAAUGUGCUCCUAUUAAGAUCCUUCUGAUCCUCUCGAGAGCUCUGUUCAGCACUAAUUGUGAUACAGAAUACUAUCAGAUCCUUCUGUCAUUCUCAAUAUUAACUGGAGUUGGCUCAUCUCUUCUCCUCACCCCGUCGAUGGGCUGUGUCGCUCAUUGGUUCAUGGAGCGCCGCGGCCUCGCUAGUGGCAUAGCUUUUAUAGGAGGUGGCUUUGGCGGUGUUCUAUUUCCCCUUAUGAUACAGUCACUACUUCCUAAAGUUGGGUGGGGAUGGUCGAUUCGUAUUCUCGGGUUUGUGCUGCUCGUGCUUUGCGCCAUUAACGUGAAAUUUUGUCGAAGCAGAGUUCCACCCCGCAAAGGAGCAGCAAGUACUUGGCGAGAUACAUUACCGGACCCACAGAUCUUCAUGGACGGAACAGGAGCAAUGGCUGUUACCACCGCUGGAGUCCUCUUGACAGAUCUGGCAUAUUUUAUACCCAUCACAUACACGCCGAGCUAUUACAUCGAUCGACAACAUCUGUCUCAAGAGGAGGCCUUGACUGGGCCAGCGGCGUUUGCAUAUCAACUUCUUGCGAUUCUUAAUGCUGCUUCAUGCGUUGGCCGGUGCGUAGCGGGCGACCUCGCCGAUCGAUUCGGGCGAUACAAUACUAUGAUUGUCUCAUUGUUCCUCUGCACAAUAUCAGUUCUAUGUUUUUGGUUAUCAGAUGUGUACUUGCUCAACCUGAGUAAUGACGCACUUUUAGUGGUCUUUGUACUACUAUUUGGAUUUGUCAGUGGUUCAAAUGUCAGCCUGACACCAAUCUGUUUAGGUCAGCUUUGCGAAACUCAAGAAUAUGGGCGAUACUACGCAAGCUGCUUUACGGUAGUAGCUUUUGGUGUGUUAGGAAGCAUCCCUAUUGCCGGGGGCCUUCUUGAAGUGGUAGAGGCUACAGGGAAAGAAAGGUAUUGGGGCGUCGCUCUUUUCACCGGACUUAGCUAUGUAGCCGCUCUGCUGUGUUUUAUAUGGGUCAGGAUCAAAGUGAAGGGGUGGGGUUGGACUACAAAGUGGUAGGGAGUGUACUGUGACUACAAGAUAGAAUCUUAAAUAGCCAAUCAAACCAUCCA